AUACUAACCGCCCAUUAAGCGUCGAUAUGAUUCACCAUUGUGCUUAGUUUUAGAAAAAUCUAAUUGUUUUUGGUGUCAUACACCACUUGUGUUAAUUCUUCUUGUUUUCAAUAAUAAAUUAUUUUUUGUUUUAUAUAAAACGCCAGCGAGUUGACGCAUGCGCAGUAUAAUUAACUCGCGCAGAGGCGAAAGCUAACAUAGCGCGUUUAGCCUUAGAGCUAAAUUGGUAGAAGCUCUCGCGACCUUUUUUUAUUAAUUAUUUUUUCUCUCCACACACAAACAACUGAAAUUGACCUCAACGAUGAAUACAUCAAGUUUCAAAUCAAGCGGUAAUGCAGAAGGACCCGAUAAAGUUGACAUGUCUCUCGAUGACAUUAUCCGGUUAAAUAAGAAGCAGAAGCAGAUCCAGGGUCAGAAGGUGACGCUGAGGAAGCAGAGGCUCGGUGUGAGAGGACGAUUAGCGCCGGGGAGACGAGCAGGAGCGCCACUGCACCGAGGAGGCGGAGUGAAUAAGCUGUUCCGGCGGCGUGGACAGGGCGUGAUCACCGGCCUCGCAGCAAGGAAAGCGGCCUUGCUUAAAGGCGUCAGUCCGUUAAACCGACCCGUGCUGAACCGGGCUAACCUGAACAAACACGGCAUUAACCGAGUUUCAGUGAACCGCACUGCUCUCUUUCAGAGAACUAGGCCAUUUGUUUUGCCGCACAGACACGCGCUCGCACACGUGCAGAGGCGGCCGUAUAUGCUGGCGGACACCCAGAAAGCUCCGGGGCGCGUCUCUAACGGACCCUUCAGAUUGCGCAGGAAAUGGAAUGCUCCUCCGGUGAACGAGUCACAGAGGGAGGCCCGCCAGGCUACGUUCCUCUCCAGAAGAGGCCUGAAGGUUCGUGCUCAUGUGCAGAAGACGGCGCCGAUCCAAGCAGCUCAGAGAACACAGAGAACCCGACCGUGGCGCAGUCCUCAGAACAACAGCGGCAUUCUCACUGUGUCCAUAGAUAACCCCGGAGCCAGAACUCAGCCCGAACCCGCCCACUCCUGGUCGCUCCACCCACCCACGGUGCCUCCACCCCCUCAGAACACAGCACCAGAGCCUGAGAGGAAAAAACCCAAAGGGGUGCAGCUGCAGUUUGACAUCAACAGCGUGGGAAAACAGACGGCCAUGACGCUUAACGAGCGCUUCCGCAUCCUGAAAAUGAAGCGCAUGGCGGCGGCACAGCAGAACGCCAGAGGUGGCCGCUUCGUCACCGUGGGCUAGCACCCGGCUCGGAGAGCCAAUCACAAAAGCUUGCUGAGGUCACAUGACUCCCGUGGCACCUUUUGCAGCACGGACGGCUGCUCCAACGCUGUUUGAACAGACUUUCCUUCUCUGAAUUGACAAUUGUUUUUGCCCCCCCCCCCCAGGUCGGAAUACGGAUUUGACGGGAAUUCUUUCCAUAAUUUGCGUUCUGCGUUUGCCAUUUUCAGUGACCGUUCCUUUUUCCCCCCCAAAGCCGGAGUCCCUUUGUUUUUCUUAUUCAUGUCUUUUUACGUUAAGCAACUUUUUAAAAAAAAAAAAAGUUUUAUGACCUGCCAGGAAUUAGUUCAUAUUGAGUUUUUUGUUGUUGUUGUUGAA